AUGCGCCGAUCUCAGGACCGCGGACCCUUCCGCCCGCCGGAUCGGAUCCCACGGCCUCCCCACCACCAUCGCGACCACCACUACCACAACGAACACCGGUACCAGCCUCACUCACACCCCCACCUCGACCGACACUACAGCACCGAACACCGGUAUCAGCCCCGCGCCCAGCACCAGCGCGACUGCCACGUGCAGCCGUCCCCUCCCCCGUCGCAGUUCGAGGUAUUCCUCGUCCGCCCGGGUCCCGAUCUGUCCGCCCCGACUGCCAUUGAGGUUGAGGCCCUCGUCGCGGACCUCAAGUCGCCGGCGCCGGCCAGCAUAUCCGUCCACUCCUCCGGCCGCCAUGCCGCGCGCCUCCUCUUCACCUCCAUCUCGGACGCCGCGGCCGCCGCGCGCGAGCUGUGGGCGUUCCGCCUCGAGGGGCUCCACCUCCUCACCCUGGACCUACCGCACCCCGCCCUCGCCGCCCACGCCUCGCCGCAGUUCGCCUCGCUCUUCGAGGACCACGCCACCCGCCUCCUAGACUCCGACCUCGUGGCCCUCUCGGCCGCCCGCUCCGCCGAGCUCGCGGUGUCCAUACGGGAUGUAAAGCAACGUCUGGGCUCGCGUAACAGCUUCCGCGACUUCCAUCAGCUGGACCUCGAGAAGAAGACACUGGAGUCUGAGAAGGAGUUGAUCGAUGCCAAAAUUGCCGAGUACAAGGAGGCGAUGUGGUCGAUACAGCGCACAAUGUUGCGCGGAUCGGGGGACAAGGAGGAGGGUGUCGACUUGUUUGGGGCUGUGGAAGGUGCAGAUGUGGACUUUGUGAGGGUGCAUAUGAUGCUGCUGCGUGAGUGCCGGAGGCUUAAGGAGGGCCUGCCGAUCUAUGCAUACCGCAGGAGGAUUCUUAAUUAUAUUUUCGCUAACCAGGUCAUGGUCUUAAUAGGAGAAACAGGUUCUGGGAAGAGCACACAAUUGGUUCAGUUUCUUGCUGACUCAGGUCUUGCUGGUGGUGGUUCCAUCAUCUGUACUCAACCUCGAAAGCUUGCUGCUAUAUCUUUAGCACAUAGAGUCGAUGAAGAAAGUAAGGGUUGUUAUGGGGACAGUUCUGUGCUGUCAUAUUCAACCUUACUAAAUUCUCAAGGUUUUGGCACUAAGAUUAUAUUCACCACGGACAGUUGUCUUCUGCAUUACUGCAUGAGUGAUAUGAGUCUGGAUGGCAUUUCAUAUAUUAUUAUAGAUGAAGCUCAUGAAAGGAGCUUGAAUACUGAUCUUCUGUUAGCUAUGAUCAAGAAGAAGCUGCUUGAUAGGCUGGAUUUGCGGCUCAUUAUAAUGUCUGCCACUGCUGAUGCUGACAGACUUGCUGAAUAUUUUUAUGGCUGUCAAACAUUUCAUGUUAAAGGGCGAACUUUUCCUGUUGAAAUUAAAUAUGUCCCUGAUAUAUCAGCAGAGGCUUCAUUGAAUAGUGUACCAAGUAUUUCUUCUGUUGCUUCUGCUACUGCUUCCUAUGUUACUGAUGUUGUACAAAUGGUAAACAUAAUCCACAAGAAUGAAGAAGAGGGUGCUAUACUUGCUUUUUUGACAUCUCAACUGGAAGUAGAAUGGGCCUGUGAAACAUUCAGUGAUCCAAAUGCUGUGGUACUUCCGAUGCAUGGAAAGCUUUCUUCUGUAGAACAGAAUCUUGUCUUCAAAAGCUACCCUGGAAAGAGAAAGAUUAUCUUCUGCACGAAUAUAGCUGAAACAUCAUUGACGAUAAGAGAAGUGAAGUAUGUUGUUGAUUGUGGCUUGGCCAAAGAAUACAGAUUUGUUCCCAGUAGUGGUCUCAAUGUACUCAAAGUAAAUUGGAUUUCCCAAAGCUCUGCUAAUCAACGUGCUGGCCGUGCUGGCCGAACCGGAGCAGGGAAGUGUUACAGGCUCUACCCUGAAUCUGACUUCGGUAUGAUGGAAGCGCAUCAAGAACCUGAAAUUCGUAAAGUUCAUCUCGGCACUGCUGUUCUGAGAAUACUUGCUUUGGCCGUUACAGAUGUAAAAUAUUUUGAGUUUAUUGAUGCCCCAGAUCCUGAGGCUAUCAAUAUGGCUGUGCAUAAUCUUGAACAACUUGGUGCUAUAGAAUAUAAAUGCAGUGGAUUUGAGCUAACUGACACUGGACGUGAUCUUGUCAAAUUGGGCAUUGAGCCAAGGCUUGGGAAAAUCAUGCUUGAUUGCUUCAGCUAUGGUUUGAUGAAAGAAGGUUUAGUCCUAGCCUCUGUUAUGGCAAAUGCUAGUAGCAUAUUUUGUAGAGUGGGUACUAAUGAGGAGAAAUAUAAAGCGGACCGUCUGAAAGUCCCUUUCUGUCACCCUGAUGGAGACCUUUUCACUUCACUUGCUGUUUAUAAGAAGUGGGAGGCUGGGCAUGAUAACAAAAAUAUGUGGUGCUGGCAGAAUAGUAUCAAUGCCAAGACCCUGAGGAGGUGCCAGGAAACUAUAUCUGAACUUGAAAAAUGUCUAAAGCAUGAGCUAAACAUUAUCGUUCCAAGUUACUGGAGUUGGAACCCUGAGAAGCCUACUAUGCAUGAUACUUCACUAAAGAAGAUUAUUCUAUCAUCUCUUAGAGGUAAUCUUGCUAUGUUUUCUGGACAUGAGAAAUUUGGGUAUCAGGUGAUUUCAGCAGAUCAGCCUGUGCAACUUCACCCUUCAUGCUCAUUGUUGACUUAUGGCAGCAAGCCUGAAUGGGUGGUAUUUUCAGAAAUCUUGUCAGUUCCGAAUCAAUAUUUGGUAUGUGUAACUGCUGUUGAUCGUAACGAUGUGUGUACAGUUCACCCUUUUAUUAAGCCACUGGAGGAGAGUAAAUUGCAGAGGAAAGUGAUUACUGGGAUUGGAAAUAAAUCGCUGAGAAGAUUUUGUGGUAAAUGUGGCCAAAAUCUGCAGAAAAUCAUCUCACUUCUGAGAGAAGAUUGCAGAGAUGACCGCAUAAUGGUUGAUUUAGACUUCAGUAGCAGUGAAGUUUUAUUAUAUGCUAAAGAACAUGACAUGGAAACGGUCUUUUGCAUGGUUAAUGAUGCUUUGGAAUUUGAAGCUAAAAUGCUGAGGGAUGAAUGUGACGAGAGAAGAUCUGGUGGCUCUACUAUUGCAUUAUUUGGCUCUGGUGCUGAAAUCAAGCAUUUGGAACUUGGGAAGAGACAUCUAACUGUGGAGAUUCAGCAUCAAAAUGCUCGUGAUAUAGAUGAAAAGGAACUUAUUGCUUUGGUAUAUUCUCGUGUUCCUGGUAUAGCAAAUUUUCAUAAACUCGGGAAUUUUCAGACAAACGCAGAUGAAACGAAGUGGGGAAGGUUUACAUUCCUCAAACCAGAUUAUGCUGAUCAUGCCAUUUCAAAAUUGAAUGGGAUUGAGUUUCAUGGUUCCUCACUAAAGGUGGGUCCUGUAAGUGCUUACAACCACUCAGGGCUACCAUUUCCUGCAGUAAGAGCUAAAGUUUCUUGGCCACGUAAGCCAAGCAGGGGACUUGCACUUGUAACAUGUGCUAGUGGGGAAGCUGAAUUUAUUGUAAAGGACUGCUUUGCCCUUGGAGUUGGUGGAAGGUAUAUCAACUGUGAGGUUAGUAAAAAGUAUGCAAACUGUGUCUUUGUCACGGGGGUUCCAUUGCAUGUAACAGAGCCAGAAUUGUAUGAUGCUUUUUGUAGUACAACCACCAGGAGAAUCCUUGACAUCCACUUACUUAGAGGACCGCCCACAGCUAGCUCUUCCGAUUCUGAAUGUGCAGAAGCACUGAUGAGAGCGAUAUCACUAUUCAUGCCAAAUAGGAAUUUUCCUGGCCAAAAUUUUCGUGUUCACGUGUUCCCUCCAGAAGAGAAAGAUUCAAUGAUGAGAGCUACCAUAUCCUUUGAUGGAAGUUUUCACAGAGAGGCUGCAAGAGCACUGGACCAUCUUCAAGGAAGUGUUCUUCCUUGUUGUCUUCCUUGGCAGAUAAUCCAGUGCCAGCAUGUAUUUCAUAGUACUGUCUCCUGUCCAAUGCGCAUAUACAAUGUCAUCAGCCAAGAAGUUGGUGUUCUACUUGAGAGCUUCCGUAGCCAAAAAGGUGUGUCAUACAAUUUGGAGAAGAACGAGAAUGGUAAUUUCCGUGUUAAGCUUUCUGCAAAUGCCACGAAAACAAUAGCAGAUUUGAGAAGGCCUCUUGAGCUUUUGAUGAAAGGAAAAAUUAUAAACCAUCCUGAUCUGAUGUUAAACACAGUUCAACUGCUAUGGUCCCGUGAUGGUAUGGAACAUUUGAAAUCAGUUGAACAGGAGACCGGCACUUACAUUCUGUACGACAGGCUAAGUCUGAAUAUUAAGGUCUUUGGCAGCAGUGAUAAGGUGGCUGCAGCGGAGGAAAAAUUGGUUCGUGCACUUGUACAGCUCCAUGAGAAGAAGCCUCUUGAAGUUUGUCUUCGUGGCCGGAACCUCCCACCAAACUUGAUGAAGGAAGUGAUUAAAAAGUUUGGAGCUGAUUUAGAAGGACUGAAGAACGAGGUUCCUGCAGUAGAUCUUCAGUUAAAUACACGAAGGCAGGCACUUUAUGUUCGAGGCAGCAAGGAGGACAAGCAAAGGGUGGAAGAGAUGAUCUCUGAACUGAUAGCCUCUAGUGACCACAAUGCUCCACUGCCAUCAAAGAAUGCAUGUCCUAUUUGCCUGUGCGAGCUAGAAGAUCCUUUUAAGCUUGAAUCCUGUGGUCAUAUGUUUUGUUUGGCAUGCUUGGUGGAUCAGUGUGAAUCUGCCAUAAAAUCGCAAGAUGGCUUCCCUCUUUGUUGCCUCAAAAAUGGGUGCAAGAAGCUCCUCCUCCUAACUGAUCUGAGGUCUCUCCUGCCUGACAAGCUGGACGAGCUGUUCAGGGCUUCCUUGAAUGCAUUUGUUGCAUCUAGCGCAGGAUUGUACCGUUUCUGCCCCACACCUGACUGCACAUCCAUUUACCAAGUAGCUGCUGCAGGCGCAGAAGACAAACCCUUUGUCUGUGGGGCUUGCUCUGUGGAGACCUGUACCAAGUGCCAUGUCGAGUACCAUCCUUUUAUCUCUUGUGAGGCAUACAAAGAGUACAAGGCAGACCCGGAUGCGACUCUGCUUGAAUGGCGCAAAGGGAAGGAGAAUGUAAAGAAUUGCCCUUCAUGUGGAUAUACAAUUGAGAAAGCUGAAGGUUGCAACCAUGUUGAGUGUAGGUGUGGCAGCCAUAUUUGUUGGAAUUGCUUGGAGAACUUCAAGAGCAGUGAGGAGUGUUAUGGCCAUCUCAGGUCUGUGCACUUAUCCUAUCAGUGA